CAAAUUACCUUACACGGAUGUUUUUUUUUUUUAAUAUAUAAAACAAAUGGAUUAAGUUGUUGCUUUCGCAAAGUUGUCAUACUUUAAGAAGUCAUGUUAGCUGAAUCUGAGGGCCCAAAGCCAACUGGGUCAGAAGCACUGUGGAACAAUUUCAGACAUCCAGGGACUCAGCUGAAGUGCCAGCGGCGUGCCCCUGUUCAAAGAAACUGCUUCCUGGGACUGGAAACGAAGCCUGAGCUGCUUUGGGAGGACUGGGAUGAGGGCAGGGAAUUCACAAAAUCGCUAACGUUAAAGAACAUUGGCCUCAAGCUCCAGAAACUUCAGCUAAGACCUCCAGUGACCAAAUUCUUCAGCAUCUCCAGUUCCCGGAACAUCACGGUGAGCCCAGGGACGACUUUGUCCAUACCAGUCACCUUUAGACCUACCCAGAAGUGUAAGUACGAGGACAGCAUUGAGUUUCAGAGUAAAGAUGGCACUUUCCAAGUAAUCCUUCAGGCUGUCAUUCCCUAUGCGGCCCUGGGAGUGCCGGACACUGUACUCCUCCCACUCUGUGCUGUGCAUCAGUCUGCUUCUGCUACUUUUCUGUUGAAGAAUCUCAGCAAACUCGACACUUACUUCCAUUGGGAGUGUUCUGAACCCUUUCAAGUGAGUCCAGAGGAAGGUGUGCUGAAGCCCAGCCAGGAGAUUCAGCUCAUGGUCCUGUUCCAACCACAGCAAGCGCUGUUGUACAACCAACAUGCCUAUUGUAGCUUUGGAGAGGAAGGACAGAAAGUCGACUGCUGUGCCACAGUGCUUCUUCAGGGAGUGGCCAAGUACCCAUGUCUUCAACUGAGAAGCCCAAGUUCUAAAGCUGAGAAACAACAUGGUGGUCCAGUGCUUAACUUUGGUUCUGUGGCAGUUGGACAAAGUUUACAGAAAUGUUUUGACAUCUGUAAUCCUUCUCAUGUUACUGCAUUUUUCUCCCUUACCCGACUCUCUGGAGGGGUGCCCUUGUUGGGGACCGAAUUCUUCUGUGAUGUCAGCAGUGGUAAAGUUGCCCCAGGUGGAAGUAUGUCGGCUAAAGUCACCUUUGUGCCUACUGUUGCUGGUUCUGUCUCUGUUGAGUAUUUUACUGUAGAAUGCAAAGGGGCACUCAACAAAACAGUGCUUAAGCUCAUUGGAAACUGUGCAGGUCCCAAGGUCUCAUUUUCUUCAUCUGUGGUUGACUUUGGCUGUAUUGAAGUGGGAGCCACAGCGUCACAGACAAUUGAGAUGAUCAAUUCUUCAUUUGUUCAGGCGAAUUAUCAAUGGGACCUUGACUGCGCUGGACACAGUGUGUUCAGCAUCCAACCACAAUGUGGCACCUUAAAUGUGAAGAGCCGUGUAACACUGACUAUCUUCUACCGCCCCACUGUGCCUAUUGCCCAUCACAGAAGCGUGCCUUGUUUUAUACUGCACGGGGAGCCUUUGUUUCUUGACCUGAUUGGUACCUGUCACUCAGAUAUCCAGAAACCAGCUGUACUCACACCAGAACAUUUGGGAGAUAGUAAAGAGGAUUGGUUGGACGUCAUUAACGUCCUACUUCCAAACAAUAGCACACAACUGGAGCCACAAGCAUUCUGCUUAUCUGCGGAUGAAAAGUCAAGCCGACAAACCGAUAAUGUGUCGAUUGUAAGGUCAGUCACUCCCAAGGAAGACAAUGACCAACCCAGCUCGGCGGAGGAGGAUUCACCUGGUUUAUCUUCACCCGCUACACGCGUAACAGUGGUGCCCAGUGAGCUGCUGUUUCAUCACACCAGAUCCUCCUGCUCCUCCAUGUCUACUUCAUCUGCAACUUCUCAGGGUGUGGCCAUCACCAAUCACUCUGCUGUGAAACUCACCCUGGUGUGGACCAAUGCCACAGACUCUCCAUUCUCUGUCUCUCCGUCAACAAGUGACCUUUCCCCGCUGAAGUCCACCUCAUUCAGAGUGGCAUACAAUCCUAAGGAACUAAAUGUACUCCAUGCAGCUCAACUUGAGUGCCUAGCUUUUAAAGUAGUGCAGCAAAGUCAGUCUUGUGAAAAUGAGGAACAGAUAUGUCCACCUUGGUGUGUCAUUGUCCGAGUCAUCGGCCAUUCUUUUGAGGAUGGCAAAGAGCACAUGUACCCUCACUGCUCUCUUGAGCCAAAUAAUGUGGUAUUCACGGGCCUUAGUGUUCGAUCCAGUCAGACAUUGCUCCUCCACAAUAACGGAGAGCACCCCCUCACUUUCUUUCGGAACUUAAACGACAGCUUGGACCCCACCUUGGAAGCAACGGUGUCAGUAGUGCCAAGGUGUGGCUUGCUCUUGCCUGGGCAUCAUCAAAUCCUCACCGUCAUAACUACUCCUAAAGAAGACCAUCCUAAAGAGGGAAUUAAGCUGCGCCUUCAACUCAAUUCCGGCAUACACACAAAGGAAAUUACAGUUUUCAGCAUAUUGGAAAAGGUUAGUGUGUCACUUGCAGGAGGCGGUAGUUUAUAUUUCCAAGAUACAGCUGUGGGCUCACCCACCCAGCAGACUCACCUCAUCAGGAACGUCUGCUGCAUACCUCUAAGCUUCCAAUGGAACAUUCGGGAGUCUGACCAGGAGCUCAUCUCCGUUCAACCAAAAGCUGGUGAACUGCAAGCCAAUGAAAGUGCGCAGCAGCAAUGGUCCUUCAAUCCAAGGGAAGAGAAAACAUAUGUCCUUCAACCUACUCUCACCUUCUGGCCAAUCCAGGACCCCAAUUAUGAAAAGUCUAUCCUUACGCUCAAAAUAGUGGGAAAAGGCGCCAGAGGCUUCAUACAGGCAGUUAAAGACGUUCUAGACAUGGAAGACACUCUGGUUGGACGUUCUCAGUCAAUUCAUGUUCCUCUGAUGAACAACAGUACUUGCUCCAUCUCCUUCGUUGUCUCCGUUAAACAGACGCUACAAGAUGAGCAACUUCAUCAGGACCCUAUACCGGCAACAAUUGCCCUGCAACUUGAUUGUGAAGGGGGAACCGUGGCCUCGCACUCUGCAUUCAUGCUCCGAGCCACAUUUAGGCCGGAUCGACAAGCACAGUAUGGGUGGACCAUCAAUUACCAGACACAGAAUUUCAGUGGCAUGCCGUUGUCCCCUCCCCAACCAGUGUGUGAAGUGCGCGGCAAAGGUGUAUUCCCCACCCUGCAGGUGACCGACGUGUCUAGUGGCGGCGUUGUGGCUUGGCUCAGGAAGACAUACGUUUGGAAACUCCUGUCAGUGGACAGCCUCAAUGGGCAGCUGGUCUGCAUGCCUUCCCCUGUGGAGCACAGUUACAGAAGCCCAAGACGGCAUAGUAUGCGCACGUACCCAACGAUCCUAAUCAAAGCCAUGCUGGAUUUGAACUUCAGUGCAGCUCCCGUGAAAUCAAAACCUUCAACUUUUGGAUUGGUGCUUUAUAAUCCUGGCAGCAUCCCUGUAGAGUGGACCUUCUUGUUUCCAGACGACCAACAAGUAGACUUUAAGCACUGGAGCCAUGGAGAAGAGUUAUAUCACAAUGAGCUAGAGCAGAUGCAGGUUGUGGAACUUUUUAGCAUUUCUCCCCUUUCAGGAACUCUGCUUUCUGGCCAGCAGAAGUCAGUACAGCUCAGCUACAGCCACACUGUUGCUGGGACACAUCAGUUGCCAAUCAUAUUGAAAAUCUUCCAUGGCAGAGAGAUCUUGCUGCACUUCCAAGGGGUGACAGUGGAGCAAGAGAGACCACAUCUGUACUUUUUAUCCAGGCAUCAUGUUUUCACUCCUAUAAAGAUUGGGGGUUUAACCCCUCCAAUACAGACGUAUGAACUUUACAAUGGCGGCGAUGUUCCUGUCCAUUACGAAGUGGACGCAGGUGUGCUGUCACAGCUACAAGAAAACCAUUUUAACCAACCGCUGCUCUGUUGCCUCAACCCAGUGGGAGUCGCCCUACCUGGGAAGAUGGCAAAGCUGGAAUUCAUUUUCUCCCCAUUGGAGGCCAAGAUGCAUAGUAUGGAUGUUCCCAUUCACGUCCGACAUGGGGAAACUACAGUAGUGAGGUUCGAUGGUUGCGGCUUGGGUACUCAAAUAGAUGUGUUCCCAAGCAGUGAUACCAAACCUGUGCCCUGUGUGCGGAGGAUACCCCUCCCCGGGCAGAAUGCAUUCCUGUCGGAGGACAAUAUCUCUCUCGGUGACAUCCCGGUGUGCUCACAAUCUUCAAGAGUCUUCUUCCUCACUAAUGUGUCCUUAAAGGAAAUCCUCUAUAAAUGGUGCUUGACUCAGGUGAUCCGGAUACAUCCUAAACAAGGCCUUCUACAUCCAGGAGAAAGCAUCUUUUGUGUGCUAACCUUCACGGCAACAGACUACCCCACUAUUUAUCAUCUCGACAUCAUCUGUCAGCUGACACAGCAGGCCGCACUGACUCAAUAUUCUGAGGCUCUGCAGCAUUGGGAGCAGAAACGAGAUCAGCAGCAAAAUGAAUUCACCAUCACAGAGCGGGACCUUGCAGAAAGCCAAAAAGUUCCUGCAGCUGCUACUCAAAUGAAAGGGCCACCACUGGGCAAAUACAAGACUCUUCCACCUAUUUGUAGCAGAUUAGCACGAGCAGAGCAGCGGGCUCAGUGUGAAGCUGUAAAAGUGUGGAAACGGCCGACCCCGCCUGAACCUACGCUGCUACAUCUGGAGGUGACGGCGCGCUCCUAUCAUUCGCAGGAAUAUCUCAGAUACUUCCCUGACCCCUUCAAUAAUCGCUUUAGGUGCUUCCACUCCAUCAAGCCUUUGAGACCUCAAAUAUGGUCGGACGCGCUCCUCCAAGAAGGGCGCCCUUCGCAGACACUGGGCCCCGAGCGACACUUCCUCCAGCAUGUUAUCUCUUCUCUGAUCAGGAGCAUACUGGAUGAUGACGCCUUUACCCGCUCUCUGCUUACUCUGGCAUCCAAACCCCUUUUCUACAAACCUAAAGUCAUCUUCUCCACUCCUUCGCCAAUACCCCAACCUCUGAUUGGCUUGGAAGAGACAAAUCCCGAACUUCACGUUCGCGCUGACAGCUUGGGAACGGCGGCAGGCUCCGGGGCGAAGCUGAAAAUGCCGCCGCGCGCUGAACGCAUACCGCUGGCCGUGUUCAAUGAUAUAUUACUCAACACCCUCCAGAAUGUGAUGGUGGAGGCAGUCAGAGGAGAUCUGGACCUCACGGAGCAUCACAGAGUAUCCUCACCAAAUGUCUCUGUCAGAUCCAGGAGGUACCCCAUUGCCAAAGUCAAGAAGGAUGACAAGGAGACAAUCCAGAACAAAGCAACACAGGCUGAUUUAGAAGCCUCGCCAUCAACAGAAUAUCACACAGACACGUGUUAAAUAUUUUAGUAUCGGCCCUAGCCACUAUGGCACCCUAAGUCAAAUUUUAUAUGGUGUCCCCCUCCAUCAACGAUUUACAUAAGCUUACAAAAAGUCAAAUAGCGAUAGUUUCUAACAUAGCUUUUCAUUUAUAAGAUAACAUGCCACAAAAUUUUAAACAGAACAUUUUCUUCAUUUCAUUACUGUGUCUUUACUGACAAACAAAUCAUGCGAGUAACUUGCUGUUGCGAUACCUAAUGGGACAAACCAAAAGUAGCAACAACUUGAUCUCUCUUUCUCCCAUUUACCUUCAAUUUUUGUCUUUUGCUCCUGUGUUCUGAGUCAUUGGGCCAUUUUGACAUGUUUCCAAUGUUCUCUGGGGUCACAUCAAUAAAUUUGCCUUCAGCAAAAGAAGGGAGUAUUUGCUGUUAUCAUUUGUAAUAAUAUGAAUUCAGCAUUUCUUUAAAUUUGAAUCUAUUUCCAAGUUAAAAGUUGUCAAGUUAUUGGAAAUGUGUGCACCUUCCCCACUUGAAAGAGACUGAUGCAGAUUCAGUGAUGGAAGAUUUCAUCUGGAUUCUACUCAGUGACCGAGAAACAUUUUCCUUUUGUCUCAUUUCAUUUUAAUCUAAUUAUAUUGACAGUGAUCCCACCCCGCAUGAGGCAUUAGCUAAGCCCACCCUAUGGGCGGACUGGCCCUGUAUCAACUUUGGUGUUUCUGUGCAAAUAUGCAAUUCCAACCAUCUGACUUAUUCAAACUGGUCCAAACAAACUAUUCAAUUGAAUCAUGUGGGACAAUUUUAUUAUGAUGAUCUUCAAACAUAACAA